UUAACUAUUAAAAAUUCGACAUUAACAUCCAUUAACUAUUAACUAAAGAUAAAAACAACUAGGAGCUCACUCUGCAGUUUGCUGUAGACUAUUUUGUAAGUGUCAAGUGUACUUCGUCAUUAUAAAUACCUAGGUCACUAAUGAGUAUUGACUAAUGGAUGAGUGAAAUUCGAAUGUAAUAAAUCAUUGCAUACAAAAAAACGAUUCUGAGCGGAGACAGUCCUGACUCCUGAGUUCCUGACAGCAUAUAUUACUAAGUAUAUUGGUAUAAAAAAUGUAUUUUACAAUUAGAAAUACGGUCCAGGAGCAUAAUUAAGGGUUGGUGAAGGAGAUGGAUUCCCUCAGAAAGUUUAUAACACAUAUAUAUGAUGUGUACAACAAAAUUAGAGUUUCUUUUAAAAACCGUAUAAAAAAAGCUAUGUACCUAGGUAAGCACAUUAUAUUAUAGGUAUUAUAUUAUUACAAACAAAAUAAAUUUGGAAUACAUUCAGUUUAGCGACCCAUAUUUUUUUUUUUGUACGUAUUAUCACAAGUUAAGAAUGAUGGUGAAAUAACAAUUUACACAAUAAGCGAGUCAUCUUGUUUCUACAAUACAUUAAAUUAGGAUAAUAAAAAAAAAAAAGUGGAUAAGUGGAUGUCGCUCUGCUGUACAAUAGGUUACAAGUGGGUCACUGUAAUGGAUGGAGUUAAUUUGAAUUCAAUGAUAUAAUAUCAUUGUAUAAGAAAAACGAUUCUGAGCGAAAACGAUCAAUCAGCAUAUGAUAUUACCAAGUAGGUAUAUUUGAUGAUAUUAUUGUGAAUAAAGUAAUUUAUAUAGGUAUAACCUAUUUACGUGGAGCCUUGUUUUAAAUUUUCAAUCCUUAGCCAUAAAAAUUAAACAUUUUAUACAUUUUUAACUACAAAAUAAUUAAUAAAUUAUAAAUUUGAAAAAUGUUGUCAAAAUUUGAACUUAAAAUGCUUAUAAAAAAAAAUUGUGCCUAUGUAUUUUUAAUACUUUUUAACUGCUAUAAGAACGAUAUAUCAGGAGCCUUAUAUUAAAUUUUCACGCUGUUUUACUCAACUAAUAAAAAUUUAUUGAUAUUUAUAGAAAAAAAAACUAAAAAAAUUGAUAACUGACAGUGUCCGUAAACAGCUCAAAAAGAGUCAAAAUAUUUUCAACAUUUUAUGGUGUAUAGAAAAUGCUAAUAUAAACAUUCAGUGAAAUUUUCAAGUAUCUACAGUCAUUCGUUUUUUAAUUACAAUAAAAUAAGAAAAUUGUUACAUGAGAAAUCUAGUAAAUAUCAAAUGUAGUAAAAAUAUAAAUUUCAGACGCUCAUAAAAAUUUAAUUUAAAUUUCUUCUAGACAUUUUUUUUUUGAUAAAGGUAGACAAACUUAUGAGUAAUCUUAUAUUACAUUUUCAAAUCUUAGAUUUAAAAAGAAAAAUUUUUAUGAAUUCUCAACUCUAAAUAAUUUGCUAUUUUUCGUGAUUUUUCCGUAUUUUGUCAAAGUUUGAACUUUAAAUGCUUAUAAAUAAAAACUGUGACUAAGGAUUUUUAAUUUUUUUCAUCUGCCUUUGAAAAAAUAACCUAAGAGCCUUCUAUUAAAUUUUCAAGCUUUUUUACGCAACAGAUAAAAUGUUAUUGAUAUUUAUAGAAAAAAAAACUAAAAAAAUUGAAAACUGGAAAUGUCUGUAAACAGCUCAAAAUAUUUGGAAAAUGUUAUGGUGUAUAGAAAAUGCUAAUAUAAACAUUCAGUCAAAAUUGUAUGUACCUACCGUCAUUUGUUUUAGAGUUACAUAAAACUACUGAGUAAUUUUUACUUUUGACCCCCCAAAGUACCAACUAGAUUCACUUUCCUAUCAGAAAAGUUACUAUUGAAGAAAAUCCAAGCACUUUUACUGUCCUAAAAAGUGAUGACACACACAAAAAUAAAAAAAAUAAAAAAAAAAACACACAUCAUUGUAAAAUCAAUACAUUCAUCGCUCCGCUCAGAAUCUAAAAGUAUGUCCGGUAAAACAUAAAUAUACCGGCAAUUUCACUAUCACUCAUACUAAUACGUAAAACAAAAAUCAAAAUUCGUUUUAAGUACAGUGUUGUUUUAUGUGUGUAUGUGAGCAAAUGUAAAAUUGCUAAUUUUAGAAGGAUGUAACUUCCAAAAUAAUGAUUUCCCCAAAUUUUUUUUGCACCAUCGUCUUUGACUUAUUGAAAUACGUAUUUGUUUAAAAAAAAAUUCAAAAAAAAUACUGAGUUGAGUGAGUAUGCCAAAUAUAUUAUAGUAUUGUAUAGGUAAAUACUACAUUUUGUAGAAUUUUAAAGCAACAUUUAAUAACUUUGUAUACAUAUUAGUUAGGUUUUUUGAUAAAAUAGUACCUGUUCCCAGCUAUCACUCACCAGCUAGUGACCACUGCAACACUGUACUUGAAAAUUUAGUAUUUAGUAGGUAUUUAGUAUUUGUGUGUAAAAAUGUCUAUCCUCCCCUAAAAUAAAUUCCUAAUUACGCCACUGGAGUCUAGAGUCUAGAUACUUACCUGUGAUAGCUACAGGCCUACAGCUACUAUAAAGUACGACUUUAGCCUAUGAAAACGUUUAAAAAUUUUAAAAUAUAUUCUGCUUCUGCUACCUAUUAUUGUGUUACGCACUUAUAUAAAUAUUCUAAAUAUAUUUUUCGUUACUAUUUAACAAUAAAUCCAUUAUGUAUGUAAAUAUUGUUUAUAAAUAUUAAAUAUUAUGGUAGGUUAACUUAAAUAAAUAAUAAUUUGGUACCUAUUUACUAGGUAAUAGGUAAUUUUAGUAGUUUGGUGCAAUUCAAUAAGAUACCUACUACUAAAUUAUAGUUGGCAGUAUUUAGGUACCUACCUACUCCGUAUAUUAUAGUAUAGUUGUAGAAUAUUAUGCAUUUAUGCUAAUUGAAAAUUAAUUAUACACAGAACUCCUAAAGUGAAAGUAGGUAGGGCAGCGUCGAUUCAUUACCUAUACCUUCUUACUUACGUGUACAACACACAGUAUAUAAUGACAUCCAAAUAACCUUAUAAUAUGUACCUACCUAGUUACGACUUAGCUAUAAAUAUAGUAUUAUAUAUUAUUCAAUUUUUAUAGUCGUUUUAGUAGAUGUGUAAGUGGUAGGUUAGUGGUAGGAAAUAAACGUUAAAUAAAUCCAGUAGGUAAUAUUAAUGAUUAAUGAAGUAGUCGAUAAAAUUAAUACAAUGUCUCACUACAAGAUGCCAAUUGCUGAAUACGUGUACACAGAACACUUCGGAGAAAUGAAUGUAGCUCAAGAUUUUUAUUCGUCAUUUACCGACAAGAAGAACUCUAACGAUCAAUUUUUGUACGUACAUGGAUUACUAAAAGAAUAUGAUUGGUUACCUACAAAGUGCGAUGGUCAUAUUAGACUAUCACAGGCGCAUCGACGGUGGAGAAAACGGCUGAAAAAAAACCUUAAAAAACAAGGAGUGUUUAUAAAUAUGGAUUGUACCACAGCAAACAAAAAUAAUGAGACGUCUGAUCAAUAUAGAACGCGUGGUAAUGAAGCAUUUAAAAUUAAAAACUACGAGGAAUCGCUAAAAAUGUAUACUCAAAGUAUAAUGACUGCAGAAAUUGACUCUCUAAACUAUGCUUUGUCGGUGGCAAAUAGAUCUGCUGCUUUAUAUUAUUUAGAAGAGUAUGAUCAUAGUUUAAAAGAUAUUGAUCAAGCAUUUAAAUCCAAACGGUAUCCAUUGCAGAAUAAUUACAAGUUAUAUGAAAGAAAAGGAAAUUGUUACCGUCAGAUGAACCAUAUCUCCAUUGCUUUAGAAUUGUAUUCGAAUUGUUUAUUACAUGUAAAUAGUAAUACACAUUUAACAUUUGCCACCAAAGAAAAAAUCAGAAUCAGAAUAUCAGAAUUUGUAAAAAAAUGUGAAGUAGUAGAAGAAAGUACAAAGAAAAUUAAUAUUAAAUAUAAAAGUUUCACAAAACUUAAAUUUGAUAAAUAUUCUGGUUUAUCGAAAUGUGUUGAAAUACAAAAUUCAAAAGAAAUGGGAAGAGGAUUAUUCGCAUCAAAAAACAUUAAGCCUGGUGAAAUACUCAUUAUAGAAAAGCCUAUUGCUGGCGUAUUUAAAAAUAGUAUGUGGAUGUUCAACUGCAAUUAUUGUUUCCGACGAUGUUUAUCAGCCAUACCGUGUUCCAAAUGUUCACAGGUUGUUUAUUGUGAUGAGACGUGUCUACGUAAAGCUCACACCAGUUAUCACGGUAUGGAAUGUUCAUUAGUCUAUCCUCUCAAAGCGGACCCUACUAUUGAACCCACCCACGAUCUGGCUUUACGUUGUUUUGUUCAGCUUAUAAAUUUAAUGGGUGUGGAACAUUUCUGCUCAAUGGUACGAAAGUAUAAUGAACCAAACUUUAAUUUUGACGAAAGCAGCAAUAAUUGUUUUAUGGACAAUACUUUCCAUUCGAUCUAUGCACUGGACGGAAACGAGACCAAAAGGACCGUAUCCAAUUUAUUUUUCAUGCAUUGCACUGCGUCAAUGAUGGUGUCUCUGUUGUCGUUAAAUGAAUAUUAUGAUAUACCGUCAAAUUUGUUAGGCACUGUUGGUGUAUCUUUAGUCCAUUUGCUGUGUGUAGCCAACUUAAACUCGUACGCGUCUGUAGAGCUUUCCAAGUACAUCGGCAAGAGCAGUAAUAAUAUCUCGAAUCGACCAGCUACUUAUGACUCCAUCGCUCUUGUUCUAUGCUCUGCGUACGGUUUGAUAAAUCAUUCGUGUGAUCCAAAUGUGAUUGUUCAAACGUAUAGUGGUGUGGAGGUGACUCGGGCAAUACAACCGAUUUCAAAAGGAUCUCAACUAUUUACUGAUUAUGGUGUCAAAUUUAUGUCACACGGCAAAGAAGAACGUAUUACACAUUUAAUUGAUCAAUACCAAUUCCAAUGUCAGUGCCAGGCUUGUACAAACGAUUGGCCAAUCUAUGUAUCGCUGAAACUCGAUGAAUUAUUUAUUAGCAAUGGUCCACUGAUUAUUAACGACGAGAACGGCGACAACCACCUUAGUAUUCCAAAAACGACUUUAUCCAAAUUUAAUGAAAUUGUAGAUUUAUUGUUAAUACAUCGCAGGAUAAAUGUUGAUUGUUUAGAUUUUUUAUUUUCAUUUUUAGAUUUAUUGUAUUCCAAUUUUGAAAAAACCAAGUACCAUACACUAUAAAUGUAUUCAAUUAAUCCAAGCAUGUAUGUAUUACACUUCAGAUCAAGUACAUUAUGUCAUUGAAUAAAGAAAAUAUAAUAUAAAACAUUUUAUACCUACA